CUAUCAUGAAAUUUGGAUUUAUGCUGUUACUUGUUACUGAAUGUUGAAUUGUUAAGCAUACCUAAUCAUAGAUGGUCACUUCUCUGGUACUUUUAGGUUUUAAUAUAACUUGGCUGUUGACAUUCUAAUUUUUAUGGAUAAACAUCAAAAACAGAGAGGACCUAAAAUGAAGGGCAGUCAACACUGGUUAAGAAACUAGAUAAUUAGUUUUUGAAACAAGACUCGUUAAUUUAAUUCUCAAGAUUAGGGGGGUUAAUUACAACUUGCUCCAUAUUAAUAAGUCAUGCAAUCAUUUAGCAUAUGCGAUCACUCCGUAUUGCUGGAACUUAUUAGGAAAGAGAGAGGUUUGGAUUUUGAAACUGUGGAUUUUUUUGAGCUCUGGUUGAGGGGGUUGAGAGUGAGUGUUGCAAUCUUCUCGUUCGAGUGUCCUGGGGUCUAUGGUAAGGGUGCAUAUCCUGGUUAUGCUGGGGAUUUGUUAGUGGACUCUACAACUGGUGCUAGCUAUAAUGCUCAUGGUGUUAAUGGAAGCAAAUACGUGCUUCCAGCUUUAUUUGACCCUUCAACUUCAACUUGUUCCACUUUAAUUUGAGAGGGGAUUGCAUUAGUGCAUGAGAGUACCAUGGAACUGUGAGAGAGAUUAUUCUUUGAUUUAAUCAUUCUUUCAUUCAAAUAUAAUGAAAUCAAAUUUUAAGCAUAUUUGAGUGUUGCCUGCUGAAUAUAAUGAUUCAAUACUAAACUGGCUUGUCUCUUCUUCUAAUUGAAUUUAAUUAAUUGAUCAGAGAAAGGAAAAGGGCAGUUUUUUUCCCUAGUGGUGAAUGGUAAAGAAGAUGAAAGCAAUGAUAAAGAAAAAUUUUAAUGAUGCUAAAAUGAUCAAAGUUUUAGGUUUGUUAAUUUUUAGUUAAUGAAAUUCCAUGGACAUAAUUGUAUUAUAUUGUAUUUUUAAGUUAUUUAGACCAUAUAUGGAUUUUUAUUUGAAUUAUGUAUUUUAAGAUCCAAAUAUAUUAACCCCGCAAGGUAAAGGGUGAAUAUAUUAAGAAUUUUAAAUCCAAAAUUAUUAAAUUAUACGAUCUUUAAUUACUACUAUGUGCCAAUAAUUAACUUCUUAAACAGUACUUAAGAGUCCUUUCCCUAUUUUUGAAAGACUUCAACUAGUGGAUUAUUAUCACAGUAACCACAAAAUAAUUUAAGCCCAGUCCAAUUGAAUAUGUAUUGGGCUCUACUGGCCCAUGAGGCCUAAAUAAAUACCAAGUCCAUUUGAUUUAGUUAUACUCUGGAAUCGUUUUAGUUUGUUUUGAUGUCAUAUGCCCCUACUUCUCUUCUAUCUUCUUAAUGUUCUCUUCACCCCUCGGUAGAGUUUGAAUUGGCGGCGCGUGGUGUGAGUUAUUUGUGCGUGUUUAAAGACCCUUGAUUUACUGUAUCUCAUCUAGGAACUAUUUUCAUUUCUUCAUCAGAGUCUAUAAUUGAAAUGGCGUUUUGUAACAAAUCUGGGAGCUUGGUGAGGUAGAGCAUAUACCAAAAUGGGCAAGUUCCAAUGGGUCCUAUUCUGAACUCAAUUCGCUGCAUGCCAUCGACAAACCUUUUUAUUCGAGGUUUUGCAUCUGGAGUGCCUUUUAUUGAUGCGUGCUUGUUUCGUCUGAAGCAAAAGAAAGAGAGUCUUUCAAACAAAAAAAUCUGGACACGCAGCUCAACUAUUUUACCACUCAAGCAAUCUCCUUCUCUAAUCCCAUUGAAUGACUUAGUCAAUCACUACAAAAGAUCAUCUCAUUCUCACCUGAAAACAGUACCCAUUUUCCUAAAAGUCUCGAAUUUGGGUUCUUUCGAUGAUUUGAUUGAACAUUUAGUUUCUAGUUAUAAGCACUCGUGCUGUCCAAAGGAUGCAAAUUUGUUUCAUUUAAAUGUUCUUAAACAUGGGUUUGAUUCUGAUUUGUUCCUAUGCAACACCCUUAUUAAUGUGUAUGUUAGAAUUGGUGAUUGUGUUUCGGCACGAAAGUUGUUUGAUGAAAUGCCGGAUAGAAAUGGUGUUACGUGGGCUUGUUUGAUUUCUGGGUAUACUCAGAAUGGGAUGCCUGAGGAUGCAUGUGGAGUUUUAAAAGAGAUGAUUUUUGAGGGUUUUUUGCCUAAUCGUUUUGCUUUUGGUAGUGCUAUUCGUGCUUGCCAGGAGUCUAUGUUAUGUGGGCUUCAACUCGGGAUGCAAAUUCAUGGAUUGAUUUUGAAGUCACCUUAUGCAAACGAUGCGUCAUUAUGUAAUGUGCUGAUAACCAUGUACGGAAAGUAUCUGGGAUAUAUUGACUAUGCUCGUAGUGUCUUUGAUGAGAUAGAGAUUAGGAAUUCUAUAUCUUGGAAUUCAAUCGUAUCAGUUUACUCACAAAGAGGAGAUGCAGCUUCUUGUUUUGAACUAUUCUCAAGCAUGCAAAUGGCAGAUUCAGGUUUAAGUCUGAAACCUAAUGAAUAUACAUUUGGAAGUUUAAUAACUGCUGCUUGUUCUUCCAUUGAUUCUGGUCUGUCUUUGCUGGGGCAGAUACUUGCGAGAAUUAAAAAAUCUGGAUUACUGGCAAAUCUCUAUGUGGGGAGUGCUUUGGUUGGUGGGUUUUCAAGGCUUGGGUCGUUUGAUUAUGCUAGGAAAAUUUUUGAGCAGAUGACUGCAAGGAAUGCUGUCUCUAUGAAUGGCUUAAUGGUUGGUUUGGUCAGACAAAAAUGUGGAGAGGAAGCUGUUGAAGUAUUCAAGGAGACAAGACACUUGGUUGAUAUUAAUCUUGAUUCAUAUGUGAUUCUGUUAAGUGCUUGUGCUGAAUUUGCUCUCCUGGAUGAAGGGAGAAGAAAGGGUAGAGAGGUUCAUGGAUAUGCAAUCCGAACUGGGUUAAAUGAUGCCAAGGUUGCUGUUGGAAAUGGGCUUAUUAAUAUGUAUGCUAAAUGUGGUGAUAUUGAUCAUGCAAGAUCAGUAUUUGGGCUCAUGGUUGAUAAGGAUUCAGUCUCAUGGAAUUCCAUGAUUACUGGUCUUGACCAGAACAAGUGUUUUGAAGAUGCAGUCAAGAGCUACAAUUCAAUGAGGAAAACUGGUUUGAUGCCUUCCAAUUUCGCUUUGAUAAGUGCUUUGAGUUCAUGUGCAAGCUUGGGUUGCAUUUUGCUGGGACAACAAACACAUGGGGAAGGUAUCAAAUUAGGACUUGAUAUGGACGUUUCAGUUUCAAAUACCCUUCUUGCAUUGUAUGCUGAAACUUCACGUCUAGCUGAAUGCCAGAAAGUUUUCUCCUGGAUGCUGGAUCGUGAUCAAGUAUCAUGGAACAUUGUGAUUGGGGCAUUAGCUGAUUCAGGGGCAUCGGUUUCUGAAGCUAUAGAAGUUUUCUUGGAAAUGAUGCGAGCUGGAUGGAGUCCUAAUAGAGUAACCUUCAUAAACUUACUUGCUACCGUUUCAUCUCUCUCAACAAGUAAACUGAGCCACCAGAUACAUGCUCUAAUACUGAAAUACAAUGUUAAGGAUGAUAAUGCCAUUGAGAAUGCUCUUCUGGCGUGCUAUGGAAAGUCUGGAGAGAUGGAAAACUGUGAGGAAAUCUUUUCUAGAAUGUCUGAGAGAAGAGAUGAGGUUAGUUGGAAUUCAAUGAUUUCUGGAUAUAUACAUAACGAACUCCUGUGCAAGGCCAUGGAUUUGGUCUGGUUAAUGAUGCAGAGGGGUCAGCGAUUGGACUGUUUCACUUUUGCCACUGUUCUUAGUGCUUGUGCCACUGUUGCCACACUAGAGUGUGGAAUGGAAGUACAUGCCUGUGCAAUAAGAGCUUGUUUAGAAUCUGAUGUUGUAAUUGGGAGCGCACUUGUUGAUAUGUACUCAAAAUGUGGAAGAAUAGAUUAUGCAUCGAGAUUUUUUAAUUUGAUGCCUGUGAGGAAUUUGUAUUCUUGGAACUCAAUGAUAUCAGGCUAUGCACGCCACGGGCAUGGAGACAAUGCUUUGAGGCUUUUCACACGAAUGAAGCUCAGUGGUCAAUUACCUGAUCACAUUACCUUUGUCGGGGUGUUGUCUGCUUGUAGCCACAUUGGUUUAGUUGAUGAAGGGUUUGAAUAUUUUAAAUCCAUGACUGAAGUGUAUGGACUGGUUCCUCGUGUAGAGCAUUAUUCAUGUAUGGUUGAUCUUCUUGGACGGGCUGGUGAAUUAGAUAAGAUAGAGAAUUUCAUUAAUAAGAUGCCAAUUAAGCCUAAUAUUCUUAUUUGGAGAACAGUUUUAGGCGCUUGCUGCCGAGGAAAUGGUCGAAAGACAGAAUUAGGUAGGAGGGCUGCUGAAAUGCUGUUCAAUAUGGACCCUCAAAAUGCUGUGAAUUAUGUGCUUCUUUCCAACAUGUAUGCUUCAGGAGGGAAGUGGGAGGACAUGGCGAGGACUAGGAGAGCAAUGAGAGAGGCGGCGGUGAAGAAGGAAGCUGGAUGUAGUUGGGUAACCAUGAAGGAUGGUGUCCAUGUUUUUGUGGCUGGUGAUAACUCACAUCCAGAAAAAGGUUUAAUCUAUGCAAAACUCAAGGAACUUGACAAAAAAAUAAGGGAUGCAGGAUAUGUGCCCCAGAUAAAAUUCGCACUGUAUGAUCUUGAACCAGAGAACAAGGAAGAACUCCUGAGCUAUCACAGUGAGAAACUUGCAGUUGCUUUUGUUCUCACUCGCAACUCAGGAUUGCCUAUUAGGAUAAUGAAGAACCUCAGGGUUUGUGGUGACUGUCACUCUGCCUUUAAAUAUAUAUCAAAGGUUGUUGAUCGUUCAAUAGUGUUACGUGAUUCAAACAGGUUUCAUCACUUUGAGGAUGGUAAAUGUUCAUGUCUGGAUUACUGGUGAUUGACCAGCCAGCUUAGUUUCUUGAAACAUUGGUAUCAUAGAUCGAUAAUUUAACAGCAUGGGAUCUCCUUCGAUGUUUUGAGUGAUGUUCAUUCUGGGAAAAUAAUGCUGGACAACAGAAGAUUUAAAGUGUAACAAGAAAGAAAGAAGAAGCUAAGAAGAAAAAGCCAAAGAAAGAGAAGAAAAGGCCAGGGAAGAGAAGAAUGGGGUUUAGAAAAGAUAUCUGAAGAUAACGCUAAGGAAUUCUGAUUUUCAAAUCCUGCUUGGUCCUUGAAAAACGAAGAAAAAUCUCCUGAGCAGUGUCAGCAAUUUCUAUCAGCAAUAUUUCUCAAAAUCCAUCCACCACGGACUCCAACUAAUCAAAGAUCACAGAGGCUCUAAUUUCGGUCAAGCAGACUUCAAGACCGAGGGUGGAAAGACGGGGAAUUCUGACGUGUAUGCAUAUAUAUGGUAUAGUACUCCCGAGCCUGAUAUCCAAAAGAGUUUACAGAGAAGGCAUGGAGGAUGGGACGCAGGAUAUGAAUGAAUGGACUACGAGUGAGUAUGAAGCAAAGUGUUCACUUGUGCACCAAAGCCUAGAAGGAGAGGGGUUCUGAUUAUGGUGAUGGGCUGGAAAUUAGCAAGCUGGCAAUGGAAUGUGUGGCUUUUGUGCCUUCUAACAGUCCAAAAAUGAAGCAAGUUGUUACGCCAUUACUGAAUUUAUUUGCUGUUCUUAGCAUGCUGAUGAUCUUGGCAUCAAGCAGAUGCUCUGCGGUGAUGAUUAAUUUUUUUAGAAAUGCUGCUUAAUCUAUUGUAGGUGAUAAUGCUGAUGAUUCUAAGUUCAAGAAAGUUAAUGUACUUUAACAAUUAAA